AUGAUAUCCGAGGAUAAAUCGCAGCUUACUUCUCGAGAGGCAUCUCACGUCUACGAGAUCGUUGAGCUCUCUGAAGUCAAACACUCCAGUCUUACAUGGCACUGGUGCAAGACAAGUCUACCGCAUCUGAUUGGCACACCCCUGUCGGUCUUGUCAUGGGUCUUCUCCAUCCGCUUUCUACUACUGCUCUGGCGAUCUCUAUGGGAUGGGAUUGAGAAGCCAGGAAUCGUUGCCUCAUGCUACUUUGCAACGCAGGUCUCACUUCUCAUCGCAAGGGUGGCCGAUGACGGCUGGAGGCUUCUUUGCACAAACCCUCGAUUGCGUCCUCGACUUCGUCUAACCGGCCCAAUGGUUCCCCGAGCCGAUGUUAUCAUUACAACGUGUGGCGAAGACAUUGAUGUUGUCAUGGAUACUGUCAGAGCAGCUUGCGAUCUCGACUAUCCUGCAGACAGCUUCAGAAUCUUGAUUGCCGAUGAUGCCGCAAAUCAGGACCUGGAGAUUCAAAUAGCUGCCUUGGCGAGUAAGAUACCCGUCACUCUCUUGUACUAUGCGAGACCUGUCAGAGGUGGCAUGAAGGCGGGUAACAUGAAUUCUGCUCUUAACUACCUGCAAAGUCUUGGAGCAGCCGAAUAUUGCACCUUCUGCGACGUUGACAUGGUUUUUGAACCCGAAUUCCUCCGCGCUACGCUUCCGCUUCUUGUCGUCGACGGACAAGUUGGAGUAGCUGUAGUUCCCCAGAGAUUCUACAAUGUGCCGACAAAUGACCCGCUCUAUCAAAGUCUCAAUGUCGACGGCAAGUUUGAUGAAAUUCAGCGCGACAGUAUGAAUUGUGCGUGGGUGACGGGUCCUGGAGUCGUCUUCCGCUAUACUGCGGUUAGAGACAUCGGAGGCUUUCCGGAAAAUGCCCUAGCUGAAGACAUCAUUACUGGUUUCACUCUCCAAGGGCGAGGAUGGAAAGUCGUUUAUUGUCGCGAAGAGCUACAGUUCGGUCUCGUACCAGACACUUUCAAAGCUCAUGUUACUCAGCGAAUGAAAUGGUUCGUUGGAAGACUUCGUAACUCUCGCAAGCUAGACUGCGCUAUAGCAUCACCUCUUGUCAAAGGUAUGACCUGGAAGCAACGUGUAUCCGCGAUCUGUCAUUGUGCUUCACCCAUCACAUCCAUGAUGAACAGACCACUCUGCUCUUGGAUCAUUCUUAUGCUCAUCGCCUCUGGCAAACCGCUCAUCACUGCGAGCUCGGACGGACUGCGAGCCAUUCUGCUUACAUAUCUUCUUACCAAGAUCACAGCUCACGUCGAAGAACUGCUCGCAAGUACAAGUUGUGGCUACCUGGCAUUGCGCCGCAGAGUUGAGGGAACGCAUUGGCUACACACUCAUCUAUUCUUUGCGCUCGCCAAGGAUCUGUUCCCGAAGAAGCUCUCCGGGCCACGUAUCGGCUUCAUACCCACCGCACUCGCAGAAUCUAAAAUUCAAGAGCGUCAUCCUGACCGUCGUCCUGCCUUCUUGCGACGCUUGCGUGUGAUGUUUCUUUACCAAGAUCUAUGGUAUCACGUCGCCAUACUAUUCAUUGCUAUGGCAGUUUUCGCAAUUGGCCUCGUGAGGUCAGGCAAUCAUGCAAGCCUCGAAUACAUUUUGACGCAUCUAUUGGUUCCAGGAGCUGCAUGGAGCAGCCACUUCGCCUCGCUCAGACCAAUCUCAUAUGCUGUCUCACCUCCGACCAUGCCAGAGCGAAGGGACCUGAUGUAUCGGGAUAUUGCCCGCUCAAGACUAGAGACCAAACAGAACGAGGAUCAUCUUCAGCUGCAUCUGGAAGACGAACCCGACAUCUCCACAUUCGAGGUCUGGAGACCAAGACCUGAACAAAAGCUUGAGAAGUGGGAUGCUUGGACAGUGUUACCAGAAUUGCCAAGACAUGUCGGUCUGCUAUUUUGGUUUGUUGUGGGUUUGGGUCUAUGGGAAUAA